AUGAUGAAUCGUUUCGGCUUUGAUGUUUCAGGUCAACCGAUUGAGGACUUGAUUCGCUGGGCAUCCGAAAAUGGUUUUCGGUACAUUGAUUUUCAAGCAGACCUGCCCCCGAAUGACAUUGCCUCAUUCGACGCCGCGCGUGUUCGGGGAGUGCGAGACCUCUGCGAAAGGCAUGAUAUUGCCAUUGGCAUCCAUCCAUCGUCCGCUAUAAAUAACGCCGAGUAUGUACCUAUCAUGGCGGAAGCGGUGGACGAAUACCUGUUUGCUAACCUUGACCUAGCCGCACAACUCGGCUGCGGUUGGCUCGUCGGGCAUGGAGGGUAUCAUUUCGGCGACGUGUCCCAACGGCGGGAAGUGGCUGUUGAACGGAUGAAGCGACUGGUGGACAGAGCGGAGGAAGCAAACGUCGUUAUCUUCUUUGAGAACCACAACAAAGAACCCGACCAUGCCGAAAUCCACUACAUUCCGCACAACGUCGAAGAGACUCACUGGUUCUUCGAUGCGAUUCAAUCGCCGUACUUUAAGUGGGCGUUCAAUGUUGCCCACGGCCAUCUUGUACCCGAGGGCUGGCAAGGGUUCCUUGAUGCAUUUGGUGUAGAGAAUAUUGGCCAGGUACGCCUCAACGACAACACGGGUGAUUAUGAGGUUCAUCUCGUUCCCGGUGAAGGGACUAUUGACUUUGAAGCGUUGUUUGCGCGGCUGAAUGCGGACGGCUAUUCCGACUGGUUCAGUCUCGGCUUUGGGAACGAAGCGGAUAAAGUGCGGGUGCGGGAUUGGUUCACGACGCUGGUGUGA